GUCUGAGUGGGGAGCGCCGGGGCCUGGGGUGGCCGACGCUUCGAAUUCCCGGAUCCAAAGUCCAAAAUUUCAGCACCGCCGCCGGCGCUUGUUGGCGGGAGAAUAGCGCGGGCACGCGCGCGUGGUCGGGAUACUGCUCCUCCCAAUCCCAGAUACUUCUUUUAUAAAUAUGCAAAGCAUCACACACCUACGGCCUACCCCUGGUGUCACCCAUCUCCACCAUGGCACCAACCAUCCCCUUCUCCCUUUCCCCACGCGGCAACUGCGCGGCCGCCGCCAUCAGCAUCUCCUCCUCUGAAUCCGAUCCUUCGUUUACCAACACCCUCAUCGUCCUGUCCUCGGCGACCUACUCCACCAGCUCCGUCGUCAUCGUUCGUGACUCAUCCGCCAGCCGAGGCGGCGACGAGGCCAGGCGCGGGCAGAGGAGCGCGCUGCCGCACCGGCGUCCGCCCUCGCUGGCGCCCUCCGCCCUGCCCGUCCGUUCGUCAACCGUCGUCACCGCAGCUUCAUCCGCCAACGGAAGCGGACAUGCAGCCACGACGGCGGCGGCGCCGCACCAGUGCCCGUCGCCGUGCUCUGUCUUCUCCGUCCGCGCACCAGGCGGCGUCGUCCCAACCCCUCCCUCCAGCGGCGGCCGCGGCGGCGACGACGAUGACGAGGCUACCAGCCGGCUCAAGAGGAAGGCGCAGUACCGAAAGUGGCGAGUCGAAGAUGAGCUCAAGAUCCUCUCCACCCUAGCCAAGCUCCGCAAGGACAACUUGGGCGUGCCCCCCCAGGCCUCGGUGCUUCUCAAGAAGAUCUGCGAGGAUGGCGGGCUCCUUCGCCGUGGCGUGGAUGCCACGGAGCUUUCCGAUAAGGUGUUCAAGCUGAAGAAAAAGUUCAUGAAGGCCGCUGCCAAGGUUGCUGCCAGCAACGGCAGGCACCUUCGCAAAUACCGCAACCGGGUGCUCUACAAGACAUCCAUGGAGGCGUGGCCGGAUCUGCUGCCUGUCGACGCCGCGGCUGCUGUUCAGGGCCUCUGAUCAUCGUCUGAUGGACAUCACGUUCACGACAGGAGGUUGAGCUCUUUUUGUGCACUGCUGCCUCUACUUCAAAUCAAAUCUAUGAGCACCAUCACCAUUAGGUGUGGUGUGACCUACUAUACAUAUAACAUAUGCACGACCAAUCUAGCUAGAAAUUGGCUAGUGCUCAUGCUGCUGUAUUGUAUCUAGUCUUCCUGAUGUGGAAUUAAGUAGCAACCGUGUCUAUAUGAUCUACUAGUGUCUUUUAGGUAUGAACAAUCAUGUCUACUAUCCUGUAGUGUGCUUUGUGCUUUUGUGUUGGAUAUAAGUAUCUAGUCUCUGAUGCAUCAAUUAUCAAGUAUGAAGUUAUAUGAACCCACAAUCAUCUUGGUUAUCAGGAAUGAUAUUCUGUCUCUGGUUUA